UAUUUAUUGAAUAUUGUUGAACAGGUGACGAUUUGGAUAUCGUCUAUCUUAGAAGAAUCAUCGUUGAAGCUCAUAAUGGAUGAAUAUCAAGAGUUAGAAGACUUGGAAGGACACGUAUGGGAUAUAAUAGACGAUCUUUUACACGAAGUUGCGAAAAUCUGUAAAUCUGAAAGUGUAACACUAUUGGAAAACGGUACUGUUUCAAGAAGCAAUAGUUACAUUUCGAUUUCUAGUAAUAAACCUAGCCUAAGUUCUGGUAUUCAAGAUGAAGGUAGUAUUCACGAUGAAAUUACACAUCAGUUAAAUGAAAUAUUGAGCAUAGAUGAACCUGAUUUAGAAGAACCGUUAACCUAUGAAAAUCAAUCAGAUAGAAUAAAACUAAUCACCGAAAUGACCGUUUCGAUUUUAUCCGAUGUUAUUGAUCAGACAGUAGCUAGCGAUUUGGAGGAUCAAAUAAGUUUAGAAAAUUUCACCAUAUCCUUAAUCGACACGAUAAUAGAAAAGAUUUUAAGUAAAACCCUUUAUAAUAAUGACAAUAAAAUAUAUACUGUAAACGAAAGUCUCUAUAAUGCUGAAUCUGUUGGGAAUAUAACAAACAUGAGCGUUAAAAGUGAAACUUACGAAGAAUUAAAUGACAUAAAAGCAGAAACAAAUGACGCGUCGACAAUGGAGCAUAUUAUUAUGGAAGCGUUACCGACAGACCUCAGAAAAACAGAGUCAAAAAGCGAUAAGGAUGUCAUUAGCAAGGAAAUAACAAUAGAAAACGAAGAUAUCAACCAAGAAAAUAUAUCUGAAACUACCGAUGAUAGUUUUAAAAAAGUAAAAUUUUCUGAUAUCAAUAUCGAUAUAAAUAGCAAGAUCAUGCAACGUUUCGAUGAUAGGUAAUAAUAAAGAAUAUUUUAUGCACAAAAUUUAAGAUAUCUUUAACAAUUUCGAAAACCUUUAACAUUCAAUUUAUUACUUUCCGGUAGUUUUGAUGGCGCUAUAAAGAUAAAUGCUUCGGAGAACAAUUUUUUACGAAACGACCCUAGGAAUUUUCGUAAAAAUAUUAAUUUUGCCCCCGCCAAUGAUCAUGUUAUAAGUGAUGCGGACGAGAUUUGGCCUGAAAAUAUUUUGCCAUUAACUGCAAAGCUAUCAGCUUCAGUAAGCAAAUCAGUUACUUCCUUGGGUUUUAUAAUAGAAUCGGAAGAAGUAACUACUUCACCGGAUCCAAUAAUAAGAAAGGACACCGAAAAAUCAUUAGAAGAAGAAUUUGUUGCUGAAUUGUCGAAUUUAACUGAUACAAAAACGGAAAAUUUUGAGGAGUUAUAUACCAGAUUCUCACCUGAACUAAAAUCUUUAGACGUCGAACUUAACGCAGGUGACAAUAAGAAAAGUAACGAAUCAAUUGAAUUUGGUGGUGAAGAAAUUUACAUAGAAAUGAUGAAUGUUUUGAACAAAGAGGAGGAGAAUGAAAUGAAGAUUAAUAUCCUCCAUAAUUUAAAUUUGGCCACGCUACCUAUAAUUGAUAUUCACUCUGAAAUAUCAGAUAAUUUAAAAAGUCUUGUUACUAAAGAGAAGGGAGUACAAACAAAGUUAUCCGAAGACAAAAAGGAAAAGCAAGUUCACAAGCAAUUAAAAUUAAGACAGCACGAUCUCCGAAUAUGGUGUAAAGGCCUCGAGAAUGUAAUUUCUAAUUUAGAAAAAUGGCUCUGUUGGAUUGAAAAUACCCACACUCAUGUAGCUCAUUUGCGAAAUAACGCGGUUGUUAGUAAUACACGAAAAAUGAAAGGGGAACACCUUAAAAAAUGGAUCAAAUUGAAGGAAAACAUAGACUCUGAUGUGACAAUAUGGCUUAAGUUAAACCAAAGACUUGUGAUUGGUUUGAAUAGCUAUAAAAAUUAUUAUGUGAAAAGAGCAGUAAGUGCUGAUUAAAAUUAUAUUUUCCUUCACUUGAAUUACAAAUUUGCAAUGCCAUAUUCAAUUAGUAUAGUUUAUUAAUAUUCCAAUGGGAAGGCCUUAAUGCUUGUUGUAUAAUAAAUGCAAGCUAAUUACAUCAAAUUGCGUCAGAACACCUUGUUGCCAUAUUGGAAUGUCUUUUGUUAUAAAAAUAUUUAAAAAUACUGUUUAGGAAAGUAAUUAAAUAUGUCAAUGCAUAGUGUUCUUAGCAUGAAUGGAGUUGCUUAUAAGUUAAAAAUAUACUAUACUACCUCCCUCUUUUUAGGGAUCUGAAUUAAAAUAGAAAACAGUAUUAAAUUUCUCUAUAUAUAAGGAAUCAAAUAAAAGACUACUACUUUACUUACUUUAUACUGUAUUUCAGAUAAAGAAUACACAUCUUCGACACGGAGUGUGUGGAUGUAAUAAAG